GGGUUUCUGUGAUGUUUCAUUUUCAGUUACAGUUUCUUCAAAAUAUUUGCUUGCUCGUGACAUCUGCCCGAAGAGACUUGACUUCUCCAAGCACAUAUUUAUUCUAAGCUCUAAUGUCAGAAGUGGGAAUUCAGGAUGCUGUAGUAGCAAACUUGCAAACAGAAGUCCUGCUUUCUUUGUAUGGAAGAUGAAGGGCAUUGAGACAAGUAUGUUUAUGAUCUGCUACAUAGCUUAGCAAGAGAAAGAAAGUGGCAAGUCUACAUGUGAAUUAUCUGACUUCCAUUUCAAUAUGUCCACAUGGAAAGAGAGGCAUUUCCUAUGUCAGGAAAAAUAUGUAUCAUGGCCAGGCUUUUCUCCAAGACCCUACCAUAAACUGGCUAUUGAAGCACCGCCACACACAGAUGCCAAAAUCAAGGUUUGCCAGAAACUGCGCUGCCCAGUUGAAGAGAGUGCCCUUUGGCAUGUCUGGGGAUAUCAUACUUGGCUGGAUGUAGGAAGGUUGCCACCUAUUUAUCGCCCAAGGCCAGAUCAACCUUUUGAUAGCAAUACAUGGCGGUGGAUUACUGCUCCCAGGAAAAUGUCAAUGACUGAACCACCAGUGCCACCUCCUUCACAACUGAAUGGAAACACCUACAUCAAGUUUAUUGAAGGAGAAGGACUGUUCGUGGAUCAAAGACACAAAGAAAGAGUUAUGACUCGGACACGGAAAGAAAUAAAGCAGUGUGAGCAACUCAAAUUAAGGAGUGAAUGCCGAGCUCCUCCUCUGGACAGCCAGGGAAAUAUUAUGCCUCCAAAAGAGUUCAAAAGAUAUAAGCGCCUGCUUUCGGGAAAGAGCCCAUCAUCACUUUGUGUCCAACUGCAGCCUGUCACACUUCCUUCUAAAGACUAUUGGAACUACCCUUGCCCAAGUCUCCAGCCCCAUUACCAGGAAGCAGCUGUCAAGUUUGCUCUGAAGAACAACAGUCCAAUCUAUCAGGAAGUGGUGGAAAAAUACCAGAAACUGGCCCUUUCUGGGAGCAAAAUCAGGCCUUGCACACCUGUUAAUUAAAUAAAGGAACUGAAGUGAAACUUGACACUCACUGAACUACCAGGCAGUAAACUAGUAAUUUAACCCUGUUACUGGUAAAACUGUAAUUAUAAAUGAAGGCAAGCUGUCACUGCAGAAAUGACUACCUAAGAACACAAAGCAAGCACUCUAGGUAUAUUCACAUC